GUCAAUAAAUUCAGAGUGUCAAUGUCUUCAUAACCUCCGAAAAUAUCGGAAAUGGGAUUGAAAAAAAGGCCGACAAAACGGAGGCCAAACAAACCCAAGCAAUGCAACUCAAAAACCAAGAAAUCUACAUCGAAAGUAUUGAACAAAAAUCCUAAACCAGUAUCAGUGACUCGCACUAGCAUUCCAGUGAGAAGCUACGAGCACUGUCACGACAGGUUCCUAACCUAUUCCGAAAUCAGAGAUUUUCUACAGAAAAUGACAACAAACUAUCCAGAAAAGAUCAAAGUAGUCAUCGUUGGACAUUCAAGUGAAGGAAAACCGAUAUACCUAGCGAAAAUCAGCGAGCUUUCCACUGAAGAGCCCAAAAUGGCUACUCUUGUAGAAGCUGGCUCCGAUGGAACUGAUUGGAUGGCCGUAUCCUCAGCCUUAUAUCUCAUCAGCUUCCUCACCAAGAACAACAGCUACACCAAAAUCAUGGACUAUUUGAUCCUACCUUGCUCCAAUCCCGAUGCUUACCAUUACAGCAUAUCAAAUUGCAAAUCUGCGAAAGCGAGCAUCACAAUGAGUUUAUCGAAUAAUUUUCCAUUAACGCUGGGACUGAAUGACGUCACUUCACAGCGUACUGAAGGAGUGUUGCUAGGGAUCAAGAAAUGGAAGGAGAACUUUAAGUUCGGGUCUCCAGAAACCCUUGCUUUGAUAAAGACAAUAACAGCCCACCAGUUCAGCGUGAAACUCUUCAUAUCUUUGCAGGAGGAGGGUGAAAAGAUUGUGUAUCCGUUCGGUUUCUGUAAGGAAAAUGUUGUGGAUUAUGAAGAGCUGAAAGCUGUGGCGAAAUCCGGCCAAACCGCCGUGAAGUGUCGGUGUCUUCAGAUCGGAUCUGUUAUCAAUUUGUGUGGUUUAACAUACGGUACGGUCAUUGAUUUUCUGAGGACGAAUCAGAGAGCUGUGAAGUUCACUUAUAUCUUGCAUUUACGUGUGAAAAAAAAGAAACCUGAGUCGAGAAAUAUUAUCAGUUGUGGAAAUGAUGUUUUGAAUUGUGUGAGGGCGAUGGCGAGGAAUGUCUUCAUGCAUUACAAGAAAUUUGAAGAUAAUAAACGUUGUACAAGCUGAAUGUU